AGGUUUGAUCAAGCCAAAGCCCACUACCAUCCUGCAUUGAUUGAAAUAGCUAAUGUUUUACAAAGUGAAAAAAAAGAACAUGUUGAUACUCAUUAUUGCUUAGCUUUAAUAAAAGCUUUAAAGACAUUUACAAGUACAUUAUCUAAUAUAUCAGUUUUGGUGUUCCAAGAUGACAAGACAAAGGUUAAUGUUGGUAUAUCUGCUAUAUGUUGUACAUUUCAAACAAUCCAAUUAAUUGCUGCACUUAUAAAAUUAGAAGACUAUGAUUUUCUAAUUGGAAUAUUUCAAAAAUUAGUUCCAAGCAUCUAUUUGAUAAUUAAUUUAGCAGAUUCAAAUGAUACAAUAAGAACAGAGCAACUCACAAUUUAUGUAUAA